AUGGACUCAGGGGAUCUUGCCUCUACAGGCGACUCCACAAGCCCGCCAGAUACAUUCUCUGCCUACAUAGAUUCGGACCUCCUGACCUCCCCUAGACCUUCCGACGCGGAUAUCACUAGUCCCACAACUUCAUCACGAAAGGUUUACGUCCUGACCUAUGAUGCAGCGAUGUGGGUUGACAAGGUCACACUCCUGGACGGCACACCCAUUUUUGUCGCUGUCAACGAUGAUGUCUCGCCCACCGCUGUUCAGCCAUGUGGAGUGCUCGGUACAUACCUGUCAGAGGCAAAAGCGAGGAGAAUUGGCAAAGCAUGGAUAUAUGACCAGCUUACGGACCUCGGAGUUCAUAUUGAUUUGCCCCUCCCAACCCAAGACGGAUACGUACGAACGGAACCGGCUUGGAGGAAGUCGGAAUGGAGGCGGACCGCUGAUGGUAGUUGGGGUUACUCGAUCAGUGACUAUUCUCCGAGCUGGCUCGCUCUGGUUGUGUAUAUCACCGAGCGUGUUAUCGACGAUUCAGAUGGUGAGGAGGAGUAUCAAGACAGUGACAAUGAAGCUUAA